GUUGCAGAACAGAAAGUCAGUACUGCAGGAUCUGCUAUAAUGAAGAAUCGAUAUGUGCUCACUGGGACUUCUUGGGUUACUGGUGCUUUUAAUAGGGUUGCCAAGGCAGCUGAGGAUGUUGGACAGAAGACAAAAGAGAAAGUGGUACAUGCAGAAGAGGAACAGAAGCGAAAAGUAGAAGACCAAUAUGCACAGGUCCUUUCUGACUCCCCGAAAGCAGCUGCAACUAGCGAUCUGCACUCUUCCAAGCCUGCUCCUGCUCAGGGUUUGAUCCUCUGAUUUGCUUCUUGUACAUACCUUCUUUGAAACUCUUGCAAAUUGUUUCCAUGUGAACCCCACCCUUUUAUCUGAUUGAAAUUAAUGUAACACUGGUUUUACUCGUUA